AUGACAGGAAGACGUGCGAUUCGUAUUGGAAAUUGCUCUGGUGCUGGUUGCGAUGGCCCCGACGAGCUUUACCGUUUGGCCACUGAAGGUCCUCUGGACGCCAUCUUUGCGGACUAUCUAGCUGAAGUGAAUAUUGCCUGGCGAGCGCUUGAAAAGGAAAAAUACCCAGAGCUAGGGUAUGAAAAGGGAUUCUUCACCCAUCUUAACUACAAGAAUGCUGCAGAGGUUAUCGCCCAAACGGGAAUCAAGAUCGUCCACAAUGGAGGAGCCCUCAACCCCUACGGCUUACACAAAGCAACCAAGGAACUGUUGGAGAGCAAAGGCCUGGGUGACGUCAAGGUGGCAUGGGUUGACGGCGACAAUGUUACAGCAGAUGUCCAGGCCUCCCAGGCGGCUGGCAAAGCUGAACAGUUCCCUCACCUAGAUAUCGACGGCCAAGAUCUGAACGACUAG